UGCCCCGAUCAUUUAAGACCAUCGAAUUCAAAUAUUAAUUUCAGAAGUUAACUGACAACUCAAAGGGAGAAGAAAUGAGAUAUACAAGAUGAUAAAAUCAAUUCUUAUUGUUGUAGUGUCUUAUGAAAUAUUUGGUCGUUCACUUACGGAAAAUUCGGAUUUCAUUUUCGACCAAGACAAGCGAAAUAAAUUGGAACUUUUUAUAAAUUCCACAAUAGAAUGCAGCGGGAUCAUCGGCCUCUCGCUAUCCCUCGUGCACAACCGCACCGUGCUGUAUUCGGAAGGUUUCGGAUUUACGGAUAUUAAGCAGGGACGCAAGGCGACUGGAAGUUCCAAGUUCGCCAUCGGCUCCUUGACAAAGGCGUUCACCUCCGCUCUAUUUGCGGAUUUAAUAGAGGAAAACGAAACGAUAACCUGGGACACUAAGGUCAAGGACAUUCUCGGGGGAAGUUUCAAGCUUAUUGACGGGCGGGAGAGAGAGAUUACAAUCCGGGACCUUUUAGCUCAUAAGACGGGGUUGUUGGAUUACAGCCACAUGCUUAUCAGUGAUGUCAUUUCCGCCGAAGAACUGUUACGGAGAAUAAGGUACAUGCCCGCCUCGGACGCGUUACGAACGCGGUUCCACUACAAUAACUACAUGUACACAGUGGCCGGCAUGGUGGUUGAGCGGCUGGGCAAGGACGAAUGGGGAAAUCUCGUUGCUAAUCGCUUUCUGCGGCCCCUGCACAUGAACGACACGGGGUUUCUGAACGAGUCGUCGUCUCCCGACGAUCUUUCCGACCAGUUCGUCAUGAAGGACGGCUCCCCGGUCGCGAUCGACAGGUCCUUGGUCCGCUCAUUGCAUACAACGGCUCCGGCUGGCGCAAUCAUUUCCACGGCAGACGACAUGGCGAAGUGGAUGAUGUUUCACUUGAAUGAGGGACGGGACGAGGAUGGGCGGCAGAUUGCGGACCUGCAGCCAACAUACGAGGGGGAGAUGGUACUCCCGAUGCCUAGCGAGUGGCUCCCCGGGCUCCCCUACAGUGAGGUUAGCGUCUCGUACAAUAUGGGCUGGAUGACGCAUGCGUACAGAGGCUACCGACGAGUUGGUCAUACGGGCGGAGUCCACUCUUUCCAAAGUCAAUGUUAUCUGUUCCCGGACAAAAAGACAGGGUUGUUCCUGGUCAUGAACGGACCACGAAGUAAAAGUGCUACCAAGAUGUCUAGGCUGAUCGCAUUAUACGUUUCUGAUCUGCUGAUUGAAGAAAAACCAUGGCUGAAUGCGUCCACGGCAUGUUCAUUUCCGGAUCCAUGGUACCCACAGGCUGCACCACCGCCACCACCUCCCCCGCAACACUACACCUGGAACAUCACGCAAAACAAAACGGACUACGUCGGCACCUACAGCCACAAGGGAUUUGGUGACAUUAAGGUCAAUAUUGAGAACGGAACGCACUUGUUGCUCGAGUACGGAAAGUAUGGGAAAAUGCACGUGUACCCAAUAAACGAGACGUCAUUCUUAGGAAUCCAUGUCGGUAAAAUGUGGUUCAUUACAAGUGCGGAUGACGGAAUGGGGCCGCUAUCGUUGGGAUUUGCAAUUAAAGAAAAGGUCAAUGGUUUAUUGUUUCCGUUGAAUUUUGUUGGUCAGCUUACACGUUUUGAUAAAAUCGACAAACGUGACGAACGUGAUUCAGCUUCCGUCGAACAUGAUUCAGCUUCGGUCGAGCAUGAUUCAGCUUUAAACAAACCUGCUGCAGCGUUAGCCAUGAAUAUAGCAAGUAAUCAACAAGUGAUUGGCGGACAGUUCGUGUUUGUUUUUGUAACAUGUUUCUGUGUCAUAUUCUGCGGAUAGACAGUGGGCGUGACGUCCUUAUACUCGGAGGUACAUUUCAAUUGUGACAAAUAAGAUACACGGAUACGUUUACAUCCGUAAGGGCUUAAAUAUAGACUUUAAUCUAACAUUGAUAUCUAGGAUACUUAAUCUAUUCACUAUUUCAAUUACUUCGAUACACGUUUCAAAUGUGAAUUGAACAGUAUACGCAAUCAUAAAUGUAUGUUAAGUAGUUUAAACUUCAUCCACGCAUGCACCGCCUUCAUCAACAUCCUGUAUCAAUGUGGAUCAAAUAGAGAAAAAUCAAAAGAAGGUCACAAUACACGUAAAUAUAUUGUUUACAGUCAUUGUUUACAGUCAAACCAAAACAUAUUUUUUUCCUGUAAAACGUCACAGCAAAGGACAUUGUGGCAUCAAUAAACAUAUGACGACGUAAUAUAACAAUGAGAUUAUAUAGAACAGAACAUAACUUGUAUCUACCAUGCAUUUACAUAAGCAAUAAAACAAUAUUUUCAUA